AUGACGAGCAACUUACCACCGAAAAUUACUCCUGUACCAGCUGGCACACCCUCUACUGAGUGGGCGAGCAAAACUGAAUCCCUGUUCCAGCCCAACGUUGUUACCCCUGAUCCCGCCAUGAGGGCGACGUCUAAGCCUGAACAACAUCCCAUCACACCCACAACGAACUUGAACACCCCAGGUCACGAAUUUCCGGGCUCGUAUCCCAGGGAGCCUGAACAAGAGCUGCAACAACAAUCCCGCGACGAUGGGUCUGAGGGCCCCGCGGCCGCCGCCUCAGUUGUUCAGGCAGCGAAGCAGUACAUUCCGGAACCUGUGGAGCGCACCGUCGAGUAUGCUGGUCAGACAGCAGCUGCAUACCUUCCUAUCCCUCAGGGCGUCAAAGAUUCGAUGGCUUCUUAUUGGUCCAAUGACAAGCAUUCUCAACCCAAAGGGACCCAGUCGUUGGGCCAACAGCUGUCCACUUCUCUUCCAAGUUCAGAGUUAAAGGGCGCCCAACCUCACGAACAUGUUGGCGGUGUUGGUUCCCUGCCAGGAACUAUCUCGGAAUCAAGCGUCGCCUUACUACCCGAUGAGCGUGCAGAGAGAGAUACUCAAAGACCAGUAAGAUUGAAAAAGGACGAGUCACAAACACGAGGUGAUAACGAAGCAAAGAGCGCCUAUCCUCUCGGUGCUGCUGCGGUUGCUGCGAAGCCAGAACCUUCUAAUCUUUCGAAGGAUCUGUCCUCUCAGGCUCAGUCUAGCCAAUAUGGGACGCAAAUAGACCCUCAGCAACUGGACAAAUUGCCUACUCAGCAAACAGAUCAGUGUCCCGCAAAGCUUUCUGAUCCAAAGCCCGUGUCCGUUGAUCACACUCCGAGGCACGAAGUACCGGAAGGGCAACGUUCAGAUGAUGCUGAGACAGCUGAUGUUGGCGGAGCCACCAUAGGAGCGGCUCAGGUACGUGAUCAGCCACUAGGCAAGACAACGGAGAGCAAGGCGGCCGAAACUGCCGGAGCGGGAGGCGCAGUAGGCGCCGCGGGCGUCGAGAAUAAGGCUCGUGAUAACAAGGAAGUUCCUGUGCACGGUCAGGAAGCCAAAGUGCCGCAGCAGCCUGUGGAUGAAGAGUCGACAAAGAAUCAAAGCGUCGAGAAUAGGACAGGCGAUGUAGGCAAGGUGACUGAUAACAAGGGUAGUGAUGAGCAUAUCAAGCACACCCAAAAUGCUGGAGCACGCACUGGAGGUUACGAUAGCGAUUACCACCCAGCGAAGUUGCAUCCGCCGCGCGCUGCCGAAAGCACGGACCAGGCGGCAGUUCAGCCUGACUCUCCCGUGUCGCCAGCAUCUGCGCCUCCAGCAAGUGUUACAGACAACUCCAAGGAACGUCGGGUGAGUUUUCUGGAUAAACUCCGGGGUGAGGCAAAGGUAAUUGCUGGGAAGAUGACUGGUAAGGAGAAUAAAGUGGAAGAGGGUAAACGGAUAAUACACGGCGAAGUGUAA